GGUUUUAAAUUUAGAAGUAAUUCAAUAUGGCUGCCUCCAUGGAAUCGCAUGCGAAAGGGAAACAAAAAGUGAUCAAAAGUGUGUCAAAGACGUCCAAUGAGAAAAGAUUGAUCGUUAUUUUGGAAAAAUCAUCUUUGGAGUCGGUAAAGGUUGGAAAGCAGUUUGAGUUGAUAAACUGUGACAAACAUAAGCAGAUCGCCAAGAAGAGCGGAAGAGACAUUGCCCAAUGUCGGCCAGAUAUCACACAUCAGUGUUUACUGAUGUUGAUGGACAGUCCCCUCAAUCGAGCGGGACUGCUACAGGUCUAUAUCCACACAGAGAAAAAUGUCCUCAUAGAAAUCAACCCACAGACAAGAAUUCCUCGCACGUUUGACAGGUUCUGCGGACUGAUGGUACAGUUACUACGGAAACUCAGCAUCCAUGCAGCUGAUGGCCCUCAGAAAUUACUCAAGGUGAUAAAAAACCCAGUGACUGACCAUUUACCGAUUGGCUGUCAAAAGAUUGGGACAUCCUUCAGCGCUGAAGUGUGCCCUGACCUUAAAGAGAUUAUCCCUGCUGAUGAACCUGUAGUGUUUGUAAUCGGAGCAAUGGCACACGGCAAGAUCGAUGUGCCAUACACCGAAACAACUGUGUCGUUCAGUAACUACCCACUUUCUGCAGCACUUGCAUGUGCCAAGUUAUGUAAUGCUUGUGAGGAGAAAUGGAAUAUCAAAUAAACAUCAUGUCUCUCUA